CUCUUUAAAGUCCCCCAACAACGACGAAACCCCAAUUCUUCAAACGCCAACGGAGCCCGAAGCUUUGAUUAGCCUUAAUUAGCUCCAUUGAACGCCGGAAAAUCCGCCGGAAAAAUGGCAGGCGAAGAGAAGCGGCAUCAGAUGAUGCAAAAUUUGUUCGGAGACCAAUCGGAAGAGGAGGACGAGGUUGAAUCCGAGCACGAGUCCAAUCGUCAGCCUGACUAUGUCUCUGACGAAGUGGAUGGAGGGCCAGAACCUGAAGGCGAAGGUGAGGUUGAAGGUCAAGGGGAGGCAGAAAUUGAUAGUGAGGGCGAACCUAACGAGCUUGAGCAAUUACAUGGCGAAAGUGAGGACGAAAGAGAUAAAAGUUCUCAAGAAGUUGAAAUUGGUGAUCAAAGGGAAGAGAGUGAAGAAAGGUACUCUGAGAGUGAUGAGAAGGGAGAAUAUAGACAACAGGUUGCUGAAAGUAGAAGGCACGAUGAGGUUGAAAGUGGAUCUGAAAGGUCUGGAGAGAACCUCUAUGCUGCCAAUGAGGAUGAUGAAGUGAAUCAGGCUCAGAGUCCCAGUAGGUCAUCUGGCGAUGAGAAAGAUGAAGAUCAACCAUUACACCCUGCUCCAGAGAUUCGAGAUGUUUUUGGAGACUCAGAUGAUGAAGUUGAAGAACAGGCAGAAUAUGAAGUUCAAAAUCAAAUUGAAGAUGAACAUCAAUCACCAAUAGAUGAAGUUGGAAACUAUGAGAGAGAUUUAAUGCCAGAGAAUAUGACACCUGAUGAAGAUGCACCAUACUACUCUGAAGAAGAGCAUAUGGAAUCUAAAACCAAGGACAAACCUGUUGGUCCCCCACUGGAGCUGGAAAUUCCUCUGUGCCCUCCUCCAGCUGAAUCUGAUAAGAUGCAUAUGAUAAAAGUUUCCAAUAUCAUGGGUAUAGACCCUAAACCUUUUGAUCCUGACACAUAUGAGGAUGAAGAUAUUUAUGUGACUGAUGAAUCUGGAUCCAAGAAGAGGAUACGGUUAGAGAACAAUGUUGUGCGUUGGAGGAAGGUCAAAAAUCCUGAUGGGACAACAUCUAUUGAAAGCAACGCUCGGUUUGUGGAAUGGUCGGAUGGCAGCUGGCAGUUACAGAUCGGAAAUGAAGUUCUUGAUAUAUCCAAGCAAGAUGCACAACAUGAGCAGUCGCACCUUUUCUUGAGGCAUGGAAAAGGCAUUCUCCAAUCUCAAGGGCGAAUUUGUUCAAAGAUGAGAUUUAUGCCGUCAUCCUUGGCAUCAAACUCCCAUCGCUUAUUGACUGCCUUAGUUGAUUCACGACACAGAAAGGUAUACAAAGUUAAGAACUGCAUAACUGACAUUGACCCUGAGAAGGAGAAGGAGCAAAGAGAGAAGGCUGCUAACCAAUCCAUCAAAGCUAAUGAACUUCUUACCCGGAAGAAAGAGAAGAUAAGUCGCAAAUAUACUCAGCCCAUCCGAAGGGAGCGUCAACUCUCUCCAGGUUUCUUAGAGGAUGCACUUGAGGAGGAGGAUGAUCAAGAUUAUUAUGAGUCUCGGCGCUCUGCUGCUCGCCGCCGCUUUGAGGAAGACCUUGAAAUGGAAGCUCGAGCUGAAAAGCGCAUAAUUAAUGCAAAGAAGGGACCUAAGGACAUUCCUCGAAAGUCUGCAAUGCCAGCUUCACGAUCAUCUAGAAGGCCAGUGGAUUUCUCUGAUAGUGAGAAGGAGGAGUCUGAGUAUGAAACUGAGGGGGAAGAAGAAGAGGACUCUCCACAACAUAGAAGAAAUGAGGAAGCAGAGCAGGAUUACGAGGAAGACGAAGAAGAGAAUGAGCAGAGAGAGGAAGAGGAGAAUUAUGCCGAAUCGGAAGAAGAGACAGAGGAGCCGAAGCACAAGUCUAGGGACUCUAGAGGUAGCCUCAAAAGGAAGGAUAUUGAAUCAGAUGAAGAUUCCCCUCCCAGGAAAACUACAACAGCGCAUCGGCGAAUGAAAAUGGUGUAUGAGAGUGAUGACGAGUGAAGCCGGAUCGUCUAUUUGAGAAAGAUACUUUCAAGAGAUUAAUGGAUCACCUCUUCCAAGUCUGGAUCCAGCCAAGAAACAAUUUGAUGGUAAGGUUGUAAUUUGAUCAUCGAUUCUUUGCAUUUUCAGUCGCCUUGGAAUUUUGCCUUUCUAGUCGGUUUGUGUUGGCAUUUCUUUCCGUGUAAAUGAUUAGUCGAAUUGGGGACAGAUUCAUUACAUGUGGAAAUUAAGACAUAAUAUCUUUGUCAUCGCUGGUCUUUAACAAUGAUUUCGGCCAUAGUAUAAUAUAGCGAGCAUGUAAGUUGCUUUCGGUUAUAGGUCCCAAAUGAUUUUUACUUGAUCAGCUUGUCAUAAGGUUACUAUGCUAAGUUGGUUCGAAUAUAACAGAUUUGUAUUUGGUGAAAUAAGAUUUUGAUUUAAUAAUGGGUGUGGUUUUAUUU